GCAUAGUACGCAAACAGCCACAUACGAUUCUUCUCUGCGUUAUAUUAUCGAUCAUCGUAACGCUAUAAAUACGCGGGGGCGAUACUUCCGGAGCGGGUUGCCUCCCCCCGUUACCUCAUGGCCUCUCUUUGCUCCCUCCCGUUCCUCCUCCCCAAACCCCUCCCCUUCUCCUCCCGCAACCCCAACCCUCGUUUUGUCCCGAUCCGCGCCAAGUUCCGCAUCAGGGCCGACGGGGAAAGAGGCCGCAAUUGGCCGCGACCACCGCCGGAGACGGAGAAGAAGUCCCUCGCCGUCGCCACGGGUGAACUCUUCCUCGGCCUCGCCUCCUUGCUCCUCCGCAGCAGGAGCACCACCGCCCCUGUCUCAGUGCCGCCUGGUGGCUCGGAGGUGUUCCAGGAUCGGGAGGAGGCGUCCUUCUCAGGAAAAGGGGAGUCCAUUGCGUCAUUGGUGGAGGACCCGGUGGAUCAAGAGGUGAUCUGGGAGCAGAGGUUGAAGGAUUUGGAGGCCGAGAAGGAGAGGAAGAAGGUGACCAGCCCUGGGUUCAGCUUCUCGGCCGCUGGCCUUCUCUUUCCCUAUCAUCUCGGGGUUGCACAGUUCCUUCUUGAGAAAGGCUACAUCACGGAAACCACACCAUUAGCUGGCUCAUCAGCUGGUGCAAUAGUCUGUGCGGUAAUUGCUUCAGGAAAUAGCAUGCAAGAUGCCUUGCAAGCAACCAAGAUUCUGGCUGAAGAUUGCCGGCUUAAAGGCACUGCAUUUCGGCUGGGGGCAGUACUUAGGGAUGUUCUUAGCAAUUUUCUGCCAGACGAUGUGCACAUUAAGUCGAGUGGAAGGGUUCGUGUUGCUAUCACUCAAUUAUUUUGGAGGCCAAAGGGAUUACUUGUGGAUCAAUUUGACUCUAAAGAAGACCUCAUUAAUGCAGUCUUCACCUCUUCCUUUAUUCCAGGCUAUCUAGCUCCUAGGCCUGCAACUAUAUUCCGUAACCGCUUGUGCAUUGAUGGCGGUCUGACAUUGUUUAUGCCACCAACAUCUGCUUCAGAAACAGUUCGUGUUUGUGCUUUUCCCACCAAUGGUUUGGGAUUGAAUGGGAUUGGAAUCAGCCCGGAUUGCAAUCCAGAGAAUAGAGCUACACCUCGACAGCUCUUCAACUGGGCACUGGAACCUGCAGAAGACUAUAUCCUUGACAAACUGUAUGAGCUCGGUUAUCUGGAUGCAGCAGUCUGGGCUGACCAGAAUCCUGUGGAUUCAGUUCUGAAAGAUGAAGGCAGCACUAACGGUAGUCGAAUUGUGAAAUAUUUAGGCAGCCCUAAUAGUAGUCAAAUUAUGGAAGAUGAAGGCAGCAUGAACAGUACAUAAUGAACAUCAAUCAUGUGAAUGAUCAUGAUGCGGGGCAUUGGAAACUCUUUUGUGAUGUCAUGGGGAAAUCCAGCUUAAAGAGAACCAGGUUAUCAGGCAGUGCGGCCAUGGAUAAUGCCCCACCCUGUCAUUUGCUCCAAGUAAACAAAGGACAAAUGCCAAAUGGUUCAAAAAAAAGGGGGCAAAAAGGAAAAGGAAAAUUGCAAACAAGUUAGUCAGUUUUAAACGUAUCUGCACCUAAUAUGGAGCAAUAGCCCCUCAUUGGGGAAGUAUUAAGGCACAAUAUAUAAUUGAUUUGGAUGGAGAAUCCGAACUGGUAAUACAAGAAGCCAAAAUGUAGGGGCUUACAUAGGAUGUCAGAAUUUUUCUUUUUUUUUUUUCCUUCCAAUUCAUACCACUUAGAACUUGUAAACUUAUAUUUGAAAAAUAAAUUAUUCAAUUAAUCUCAAAUUAAACAGUAGCAUGUGAAUUUUUUA